UAUAAUGUUAGAUUUACCAGUUUGCAAAGGAUGCCAAGCCUCACAGCCAGAGAGUCGCCAAAAUUUAGCACUGCGCGGAGCAUUUCAAAGCAUUUUUGUGCAAUAUUUUAUAAAGGAGUCAUGCAGGGAACGCAUGCGUGUCACUUUUAAAACAAACCAAGCUGCCGUCAAUCAUAGCAGAUUCCAACCAAUCCCAAAGCACUUUUUUUUUAAAAGCAGGUCUUCCUGCUGUGCUUUUAUAUUACACGGUGGCCGGUUUCGAGCCAUUUUACUACUAUGACUAUUGCUACAAAUCAAGAGGGCAAAGUAUGGGACUCACACCGACUCGAACUAACUCGAGCGCUGCAUCUGCUGCCGUUGCUGCUCCACUCGGUGCUCGGAAUUCUCCAUGCAGCUGAUACACUGCCGGAAUAAUAAUGGAAAACACGAUUUAUAGGCAGACCCCAAGUAUAACAUUGCUUGAUUUUGCAGGUUCACAGCCACACUCCCAACAAAAUAUGACAAGCCUUUCCAGGUUUAGUGGCUGCCCUUUUUCUUACGUCUACCCUGGGGAGAGCAACACUGAACCCAGCGUGGUGCUGCCACCUUUGGCCGGGGAACACAUGGGACACCCCACUGGCAGUUCCUUAAAACUCGGCCCCUCGCACAGUUUACGAGACUAUCCCGAGGCGAGGUCCACUACUUAUGUUGGUUACUCUGUCCCCCAAACUACAGAUUUUGGAUACACCAGCAGCCAACGCGUAGCACACCAUAGCGCUAGGGAUCUUACCAGUGGAGAUCAGUCUGGAUCAAACAUGCCACCAGUUACUAAUCAACUGGCGACCAGAGCUUCCCAACAUGGUAUUAUGGGAAGGUACCGUGACCGUUCCAACUUCAGAGAAAGCAGAAACACCGCUUUCUUCACCGCCUUCCACGAGCAGGCCCACAGCUCAGCUGGCGCUUCUCGGGACCUCACUGGCCAGGUGAUGCUGGGUUUGCCAGGGGAGUUAAUUCCCAGGUCCAACUCUUACAGCCAGUCAGUUGGCAGCCCCAGAGCCAGCAGGCAAUUUGUCACUCAGUUUCUGAGCAGUUACAAACCGAUGAACAUGACAAUACAGAGGGGAGCGGCCGCGGCGUUCUUCAGGUGCUCCGUGCAGGACAUGAAACGGGAGCUGACCUGCAAGUGGACUGACAGCAAGGAGACGUCUGGUGGGAGGCGACCCUGCUCGAGGGCAUUCGGUACCAUGUACGAGCUGGUGACCCACGUCGCGAUGGAACACGUCGGAGGACCUGAGCAGGCAGAGCACAUCUGCUACUGGGAGAGCUGUGCCAGGGAGAGGAAGCCCUUCAAAGCGAAAUACAAACUGGUGAACCACGUCAGAGUACACACUGGGGAAAAGCCGUUCCCGUGUCCCUUUCACGGUUGUGAAAAAGUAUUUGCCAGGUCAGAAAAUCUCAAGAUCCAUAAGAGAACUCAUACAGGUGAAAAGCCUUUUAAAUGUGAAUUCGAGGGCUGCAAUCGGAGGUUUGCUAACAGCAGUGACCGGAAGAAGCACUCUCACGUCCACUCCAGUGAUAAACCCUAUAUGUGUAAGGUCAGGGGGUGUGAAAAGUGUUACACGCACCCCAGUUCUCUUCGCAAGCACGUGAAACUUCACUGCAAGGUUGACAUGACUAAAACAAGCGGGGGAAAGGAGCGCGGUGAAGCGCGCAGAUCCCCUUCAUCUUUGGACCGAGAAAGCGGAUCUUCCUCAAACGCGCAGCGUGCAACGGCCUGUUCCGCACCAACACGAGACUCUCCCUCCACACAAAGUCCAAGCGGUUCUUCUGUCGGGCCUCGUUUCCAUUACGAGCUCGAUAACGGUUUGGACUUUUCAUCGACUUCGGACCCAGUGUUCUUACAAAGAGGACAUUUUAGAACGGAGCCGUCAUUGCCCACUAACACUUUGAUCCAAACCCCACAGGAUAGGAACUUCCAGUCUCAAGGCGCGUUAUCUUUUGACAAGCGUAUAACCAAUGGGUGGUAUACCUGUCACAGUGCCGUCGAGACCUGUGCCUCGAAACAUUUCAACAGCGACAUCUCUUCAGCAGAAUAAAACUGCGCAGAAUACAAAACGCAUUCAGCUUAACAGUAUUGGUAAAUAUAUUGUGUUUUGGUGUUAAAAAAAACCCAGCCCAUUGUUUGUAACGUGUUAUUAAUCUGUUUUAAAUUGAAUAUGUAAUGUAUCGUAAAUGAAUUUGAAUGUAAGAAAAUGGGGAUGUGGUAUUUCUUAGUGCUCGUCGUCAACAGCCCCCCCCCCCCCCCCCAACCACCACCCUCAAAAAAAGAAAAGAAAAGAAACCUCUCGCAUUUUGUAUUAUCUGACAGAGUUGAUCUACAUUUGGGAUGACGUGUAUAUUCCUUUUCAAAUGAAAAAGAAGAUAACAAAGGCACGGUAUGUCUUGUAAUGUAUGUUUGAUGCAUUGCGCGCGGGAACUUGACGCUUCAGAUCUUGCAGUGUGGGAUGCAGUACAUGUUCACCAUAAAACACAUUUUAUAAAACUGAUUAUCAUUUGAAGAGGGAACUUGAGCUUUGUAAAAAGGAACUAUAUUAUAAACAAUAUCGUCUUCUCUCUAAAAUGUAUUAUUGGUCAGAUCUGAGAUUAUAUAUUUCAAUUACUUACACAUUAUCUAAUGUCUAAAUAUUCCUAAGUGCUCAACAAUAAACCUAUUUGUUAGAAAUGUGUUUUGUGCUGUGUGUUUUGUGCUCCAAAUCCUGUGCAAAACACUCCAAAUCCUUCUGGGGUCUCCGGUCUUUUUGUUUUCUAACCUUGCUGUUUAGAUAAAACUCCUAGUAUUAUUCAGCUUUGCUGGAAUUCACAAUUUCCUUUUUUUUUUACUCCGCUUCAUGGUUGUUUGAACUGGUUUUGUUUAAUCUUUCGUGUUUACCAAUAACAAUUUGAAUUCACAGAAUAAAGAGUGCGGUAAAAAUAAUAACAAUAUGUCACAGGUACACACAGCUAUCCAUUACAUGACAGGGUGCACAAAUGCAAACACGCUGAAAACGGCGUAGAAUACCAGGAGAGUGCAGAAUAUGCUGCAGGGGGAAGGGAGAGUGGAUUCUACGCAGGCAGUAUGUGUCCCUGUUUAUUUAUUACCUGUGCCUCAUUAUGGGAUUCUGUAUGUGAGGACACAGAUUUUAAAGUUAUUUGAAGUCGAUAGAGAAUACAAGACAGUCUCUGAUGAGCAUUAAGGCAUUUAAUUAACAAUGCUAUUGUAUGUACAGUAUAAUUAAUUAUGCAUACACUCGUUCAUUAAAGUGUGUCUAUUCCCUUUGAUCAGCCGAUAUGUACUAAAACGAAGCCCAAUAUAUAUUUGAAACACAGUAUAGUUACAGCACCAGCAGUGUGUUUACUUCGGUUUUAUUAGAUUUUAGUGGAUUAAACUCAGGAUGCCUUGAAUUACAUUUGCGCGUUUAAUCAAAUUCAAUGCACUAACUAUAGGAAAAAGGCGUAUUUGCAAAUAGAACAAACUCAAUCUAGUAAUGCAUUUGAUUUCAGUCGUUUAUUAGAACCCUGACGGAAUAUGAUAACGAUGCGUUAAUUCAGGGCAGGCCUGUGUAGUUUGUGCUGUAGUCUACCCGGUAAUGGGUACUUUUCGGGGGUAACUUAAGAUGGAUACAAUUAUUUUCAAUAUGGCUGUUUUAAUAUUGGAUUGUUCCUGUGGUUUGUAUGGCUCGUGUAAUGACUGUACACAAGACAAUGAGACAAUAGCGUGCGAGUCUUUUCAAAUAAUUGCAGCUCCACGUUAUUGAUUGUUCAGGAGCCGGGUUGUCCGGUAUGGAGGUUCACUGAAAGGGAACGCCGUGUAUAGGUUCCAAACCCACUAGACUACUUUCAUCAUGUUGGAAACGAGGCUAUAGAUCAAACUGAGACUGAGGCCCAGUACCUACAAGUCACCAUUCCAUUAUAGCUGUAUAACUGGGCUACGUCAAUAAGGGGGAUAUAUUUACCUGAAUGCAGAAUCAAACGAUUGCCUGCCAUACAACUGGUAUUGGUUAACACGCAGAAUGCAACUUGAGGAGAUUCGUCUUUUAGAAUUUCAAUAAAACACACACACACACACACACACUCACAGUAAAUGUAUAUUCAUGAAAGGAUUUAUAUAUCGAUAGGAGUGUGUAGGGGAGACCGGGGACAGUUGUAACACCUUGAAUUUCUCCAAUCAGAAGCAAGCUAGAGUGCCAUCAAUCACUCCGCACAUGUGCAGAUCAGGUCUGCCUGUGGAAGAGGAGCUAUCUGUGCCAAAGCCCUGAGAUUUUAUCUACAAAAAUCAUUUUUUGAUCUAGUUCAGUACGUUUUUUCCCCCGGUUUUCUUUUUGUGAUAUAUACCUGUGUUACACAGUUUGGAUCCAGGUUUUUCACAUUCUCAUCCCUGAUCUCUGUAUUUAUAAUCGACACAAUUGGUUGCUCUUAGUUUUGUUGUUUCUUGCUGGGGUUUAGUAAUGGCUCCCUGGGUUGGGGCCAGUUGUAAUGUUACAAUUGACCCCAUACACCAUUAGCUGAACUAUAUUUGGGCACAUGAAUCUUGCACUGAAGGAAACAGAGUGUUCAUAUAUCACAAUUGUGAAUCAGAGUGACAUAUUCUUGCUUGAUAAGGCCCAUAAUUUUUGGGAUGUUAAAAAGUUUUAGAAGUAGGACAACAAAAAAAUGCCUUAUGUGAACAUUUUUAUUUUUUCAAUAAAAAAUGCUUCACGUGAAAAUUGACCUUAUUCAAUAAAACAUUCAAUUCUUGAGUUAAAUGAAGUGCGUUGUUAUUUAUUUAAUUAUUCUUCACAGAAUGUUACAUCUGACCCCACCCCCUGUUACAACUGACCCUGUCCAUGGGGUCAAUUGUAACAUCGGACACCUUACAUUUCAACCCCUCUUGCCAUGUGUAUAUCAGCGCUUAAAACAGGAUAACUAUGGGAAUUGGUUGAGGACAGGUGUAAGUUGUUUGUAUCAAAGUCUUGUCAAAAUAGCUCAAAUCAUCUGUACGUAAUGGAGAGAAAGGUAAAAAAUGUAACAACUG